CUCUCCCAUAUCCCUAUAUAUCUUUUCAUCAUCAUCAUCACUACCACCAACUCUAUCAUAACCUUCACUUCAACCUUCUAUAUAUUCUUUAACUCUCUUUCAUCUUGAACGGCUUCUCCUAUAGUUUCCAAGAGUUCAGAAACCAUUUUCUUUACCCCUAUCUGAGUCAUGAUCAGUUUAAUAGACUUCUACCAUGUGAUGACAGCAAUGGUGCCACUCUAUGUGGCUAUGAUAUUAGCCUAUGGCUCAGUGAAAUGGUGGAAAAUCUUCUCCCCUGAUCAAUGCUCUGGCAUCAACCGUUUUGUUGCACUGUUUGCUGUGCCUUUACUUUCUUUCCACUUCAUAGCCUCUAACAACCCUUACAAAAUGAACCUUCGGUUCUUAGCUGCUGACACACUUCAAAAGAUCAUAGUUUUGGUUGUUCUUGCUAUAUGGAGCAACGUGACCAAAAGGGGUUGUUUGGAGUGGACUAUAACUUUGUUCUCUCUUUCUACACUUCCAAACACUUUGGUUAUGGGUAUCCCUUUGCUUAAAGGGAUGUAUGGUGAGUUCUCAGGGAGCCUAAUGGUGCAAAUUGUGGUCCUUCAGUGUAUCAUAUGGUACACUUUGAUGUUGUUCAUGUUUGAGUUCAGGGGAGCUAGAAUGUUAAUCUCUGAACAGUUCCCUGACACUGCUGGUUCCAUUGUCUCAAUCCAUGUGGAUUCUGAUGUUAUGUCAUUGGAUGGUAGACAACCAUUGGAAACUGAAGCUGAGAUCAAAGAAGAUGGGAAGCUUCAUGUAACUGUGAGGAAAUCCAAUGCUUCAAGAUCAGAUAUCUUCUCAAGAAGGUCACAGGGUCUUUCCUCAACAACUCCUCGCCCUUCAAACCUUACCAAUGCUGAGAUAUACUCUUUGCAAUCUUCUAGGAACCCAACGCCAAGAGGUUCUAGUUUCAACCACACUGAUUUCUAUUCAAUGAUGGCUGGUGGACGCAAUUCCAACUUUGGUGCCUCUGAUGUUUAUGGUCUUUCAGCAUCAAGAGGACCAACUCCAAGGCCUUCUAACUAUGAUGAAGAUGGUGCUGUGAGUGGUAAGCCAAAGUUCCAUUACCAUGGUGGCCCUGGUGGAACAGGUCAUUACCCUGCACCAAACCCAGAGAUGUUCUCUCCCACUACUGGGUCCAAAAGUGUUGCUGCUAAUGCUAAUGCUAAUGUUAAUGCUAAGAGGCCUAAUGGUCAAGCUCAGCAGAAACAAGAGGAUGGGAAUAGGGACCUUCAUAUGUUUGUUUGGAGUUCAAGUGCUUCACCAGUUUCUGAUGUGUUUGGUGGCCAUGAAUAUGGAACUCAUGAUCAGAAAGAAGUCAAAUUGAAUGUAUCUCCAGGAAAAGUGGAGGGUCAUAGAAACACUCAAGAGGACUACCUAGAUAAAGAUGAAUUCAGCUUUGGAAAUAGAGGAAUGGAUAGGGAAAUGAAUCAAAAUGAAGAUGAAAAAGUUGGAGAUGGCAAGCCAAAAACUAUGCCUCCAGCAAGUGUAAUGACAAGGCUUAUAUUGAUUAUGGUUUGGAGAAAACUCAUCAGAAACCCCAACACCUACUCUAGCCUAUUUGGCCUCACUUGGUCUCUUGUUUCAUUCAAGUGGAAUAUUGAGAUGCCUGCCAUAAUAGCAAAAUCUAUUUCCAUACUGUCAGAUGCAGGACUUGGCAUGGCCAUGUUCAGUCUUGGUCUGUUCAUGGCUUUGCAACCGAGGAUCAUAGCAUGUGGAAAUUCCGUAGCAUCUUUUGCUAUGGCUGUGAGAUUCCUUACAGGUCCAGCUGUCAUGGCAGCUGCUUCCAUUGCUGUUGGGCUCAAAGGUGUUCUCUUACAUGUUGCCAUUGUUCAGGCAGCUCUACCCCAAGGAAUUGUGCCAUUUGUCUUUGCCAAGGAAUAUAAUGUACAUCCUGAUAUUCUAAGCACAGCUGUUAUUUUUGGGAUGUUGAUUGCAUUGCCUAUAACACUCGUGUACUACAUCUUAAUGGGGUUGUGAAUGAAUGAAAUGAUGGAUGAUGAUACAAGAUUCACAUGUGACAUACAUACAAGCUCGGUUGAGGCUUGUAGAGCAUCAGAAAAAAAGUUCAAAGGAAUAGAAAAAGUGUCAAGAGAAUUGAAUAGGAGGAAACCCCAGGAUGAACUUUUUAUUUUUAUUUUUGUAUUUGUUUUCUUUUUUCUUUUUGAAUGAA